AUGUUUUUCAGCACAGUAAUCGAGGCAUUGUUUGACGAGAAUGUUUUAGUUCCAAACAGAACUUUGAAACAGGCACAUGGUGCCCUUAACGGUACCGAGAUUGUUGCGUUAAUCAGUCCUGAUAUGAGCCUUUCACACCAAAUCCCGAAAGAUGAGCUAUACCAGGAUAGUUACUUACUGGCCCAUAUGGUGCGACUCGGUCACGCUAAAGUUGGAGCAGGUAGGCAAUUGCUUGCUCCAACAUUCACACCAAAUACGUACGUGGAGAUUAGGGACUCCUCUAUUUGUUUCAAGACCACCUCUGGUCAGAAAUCUCUUGAUCCAGGAAAGCCUGUGGGAAUAAUUGACAUCUUUUGUUGGAAUCCUGGUGUGUCUUACAUCGGAUGCGACCGGGUGAUUUUUAUGUUUAUACUAGAUGGCCUCUUUGUGCCUUUACGAAAACCACGGCAGCCCUUGUUCUCUCGGCUGAGGGGAUUGCCAGAACAAACCCACGCGUACUUGGAGAAUCCCUCGCGAAAAGAAGGACCUGAGCUAUCUUCUGUAAUUGGGAAAGACAAAACUAAACUCAAGAAGGCCAAUGCAUGUCUGGGCGAACUGGUUAUGUCUUUUGAUGAGCAAGUUCCAACUACAGCCCACGGCGUUGCUCAGCUUUAUCGCGAACUCGUAGAACGGUCGCAUUCAUCUUUACUAGAGCUUGGAAUUGACAAUAAAAGAGUACUUUGCGAGUGGUUAGAGUGCCAUACUGGGUACCGGGUUUUCAAGAAGCUAAGGUCCUUGUUUCACGGCUCGACGUUCCAAAAUAAUCGUGCUAAACUCACCUGUCUAGAUGUUUCACAAGUUGGGCUUCCAGAUGGUAUCGACUUGGCUAAAGCCGACUGUCUUGUCAACCGAGUCGUAGAGACUUACAACACGAUCCUUCAAAGCACAAAUAUCAACGAGAUCUGCUGCGUUUUAAUCAGGGUAAUAGAUUCAUUGGGUGAAGCAGAUCUCAAUGUGCCAGUAUCCGCUGAUGCUCUGCUAGGUCUUUUCUUGCUAGUGGCUUUAAGAGCCCAGACAGCCGAGCAGUUGGAUGUGCACCUAUUUAUUUUGCGAAAUUUUUCUUACUUUCGCUCAUCUUUAGACCGUGGCCAUCUCGGUUAUACUUUGAUGAUUGCAGAAAGUGUCGUACAUCAUAUCGAACAUUCUUUCGACGAACUUUUGGCCCAUGCUCGAGCGGCUGAGACAUUUUGGCACGCUAUCGAAACUAAUUCGAUUGCCGAACUCGAAAAAAUCGAGGAUAAGUCCAUCUUCAAAGCUCGUCGAACUGGUACGGCACUAUUCAGCUGCAUCAAUUCGGGAAACACGGAGUUAGCAAACUAUGUGUUGGGUUGCGAUGUCUUGACCACUCAUGACCUUGUGAACGAUCGCGACGAGCAGCACAGAACCUUGCUAAUUGCUGCAUUAAAGGCUGAAUCGCCGCUUGUUGAUCGCCUUAUAUCUAUUAUUUCUACGCUUUCAGUCUCUGAGCAGAAGGCUUUUUACCAGAGCCGCGACGUAACGCGCCGCUCAGUUGGUCACUGUUUAUUUCACCGGGCGGACCUUAUCAAGCGUCUCGGUCCAUUUAUCGAUUGGAAUGCAAAUGAUUUCACAUUGAUGUCUCCUCUUCUAACUGUAGCUGUCUGCUAUGAUCACCAAAAUUACGAUACCAUGCUUCUUGAUAGCCUCAAUGCGGUGACGGAUCAGGACCCCAAUGCAAGCCUUUAUGGUCAUUUCGACAAGAAGUGUCACAGUCUGCUACAUCUUGCCAACCCUCAAAGCACCGAGCUUAUGGCGAAACUAGCAAGUAUGCCCGGCUAUGAUAUCGCUGUUGUUGAUAGCAAGCUUCGGUCGGCUUUGAUUAAUUCUCUUCGGUUCAACCGCAUCAAGUUGGCAAGGUUUUUUGUACAAGUCGAGCCUUACUUGGAUAGCAUCUUUUUCCAUGUUUCAAUGGCCCAUGCACCGGAGGGAAGGCGUCUCCUGAAGCUCGUUUCGGAGAGAGCUCAAUCACAUGUGGCAAUUCCAGACCUUGUUCAGAUACAUUCCCACGGCAAAAUUUGUUACGAAUUCAGCACUCCAGGAACAGACGGGGCCGUAAUCACACGCACAGUCGCUGAUUUUAGUAUGCUACGCCGAAUAUUGGAGAUAAAGUUCCCACUUUCAUGGCUCCCCACUCUAGGGCUCAUUGACGACCGCUGGCUCAACAACUCCACGCUAGGUACGAGCUACAGUUUCGUUGCAACAGAAGUGUUUUUGGCAUAUGUCAAAUGUUUGAAAAGCCACGCGACGAUCAAAAAUUCUGAGGAGUUCAAGCAGUUUUGUACAGACCCCAAAUGGUCCGGACAAGCGGUUUUAGCGCAGGUGGACUCAGAAGCUAAGCUUCGACACGAGCCUGUUGACAAGCAACAGAACCUCGGAUCAGAGAAAACGCGAUUUUUUGCCCAAGAGUCACGUUCUAUCGAUACUUUUUUCCAGUUCAGCAUCGAGCAAAUACAAGCACUGAUGCAGCAGCUCACCAGAUUGGCUAGCUCAAUGCAGCAUUUGCUCAAUUGCUAUCUAGAGGAAACUUUCUGUCAAGGCUAUGUUUGGAACGAGAUUAGUGACCUCUCGCUCGUGUUAUUCGAACAUGUGCGUCCGGUUGUAUCUUGUAUUUUCAGGCAGAAAUUGCAGCAUGUCUACUGGAAGCCCCGGAUUGAAUGUGCUUCUUUGGCUCUGAACUCCGCUAGAAUUAUAGAGGUUUUGUCAGUCCCAGUUGCAAUGAUCAAAGAGAUGAAUUCCGCCCAAGAGGAAUUAGAGGCUGAGCGGGCCCAUCUUGCUGAGCUUGGGUCUCGCAAGAUUUGGUCACUUUCGUAUUUCGAGGAACGCCGUAUAAAUGGGAUGCAAGCUUCUGAAGAUAAAAUAUCUCGGCUCCGAAUGGAAAUUUCUCGCCUUAUGAAUAGAAUAUGCCAUUCUCAGGAGAUCCUAGCUUCGGAACUGGCAUCUUUCAUGGAAUUCCAGGAGCGUACUUUGCUUGACAUGAUGCAGGUCAUCGCAGUCUCCAACAUUUCAUCUCUUAAAAAGCGUUUAGCAAAAACCCAGUUUAUUUUAGAUAGCUUGAAGGCUACACCUGGAGGGUGA